UAGGCAACAUGCAUAUAUAUCGAUACAUCGAAUUAAACUCGAGUCGAUAGAAGCAACCAUAAUAAAAGCUCCUAGCUCCACAACUUAGCACAGUAUUAGCACAUAUCAAUACAUUGUUUCAUGUCCUUCCAUCAAUUAUCAGUAUCAGUAUUAGUUAUUAAAUGUUUUAAUAAUUUUUACACAAGUAAUCAGUUAAAAUUUUUUCCAACAAUCAUGUCAAUUUAACCCUCCGAUAAUAAUUGUAGUCAGCAACUAAAAUUUAAAAGUGUGUGAAACCAAAGAGCAUUUUAGUUCAAUAACAUGUGUGAGCCUUAUUGGGAACCGCUUGCAGACGUUUAUAUAGCCGAGAAAUCACUAUUUCUCAAUGAAGAUAAUUACACCUACUGUCUUUGUAGUCGUGUCUUCAUCAGAAAUCCUGAAAUUUAUACAGUAGUUCAAGAUGAUGAAGCUGGAGACGAAAAUCAAAAUGAAAAUGAUUGUUUACCAGAAAUGCUGGAUAGUCAUAAGCAGAAUUUAGUUGAAGCCCAAAUAACUGAAAAACAUGAUGAAGAGCCAGUAAGUUGCUAUUGCAGUGCAUCGCAUACGGACAAUAAUUAUUCAACAGAUGAGUAUGACUCAGUUCGUGAUUCUGUCCAAAGGUCAACGGCACAGAAUUUUACCCACAAAUUGGGACUACAUCAGUCUGAUUCAGGAGCUGAUUUAUCUGAGUACCAUGAGCAGUACGAACCUAAAAAUACUUCUACACAUACAACAACAACAUCAACAUCAACAAUGUGCGAUAAAUCAAAGUCACCGAAAGCCCUACAGCCAAUAAUUACUGCUAAGACACGUGAGUUAAAUAAUAAAUGGCUGAAUAAUUAUAGCGAAUUUAAUAUCACGUGUGACAUUGACUCAGAUAUUUAUGACCCCUAUUUAAAUGUCGAUAUAAUGUACGGCAAUGGAGAAAAAAGUCUCGUAGAAGUAUCGUGGGAAAAAUUUUGGGCUGAAAAUGGCGAGCAAUUAAUUUGGGCAUCAUGGAUUUCCAAGUACGCGGACUAUAUAAAUCCGGAAUAUUUAAAAGAUAUAAAUAUUGACCCGCCAACAGCAGCGUCGAUUGAAAACAAAAAGACAAGAAGUGAUUUCAUCGAAAAAUUCAGCGAACAGAACACGUGUUUUCCAAGCCAAGCGCACAAAAACUGCGCCUCAGAACGUUCGAACUUCGAAGGGAUAUUUUUAAAAACAAAAUCUAGUGAGUCGGGAGGAAGAAGUAGAAACAGCGUGAGUUUUUCAUUUGAAACUGAUGUCCAGGAGAUGAUUAAUGACAAAGACGCUGAAGAAAAUCGUAAAAGAAUAGGGAGUUACGACGAGGGUGAAAUAACUGGAGACGGCUGGAACCCACUGAGUCCUUACAGCGUCGAGGACAGUUACAAUCAAACGUCAAAUGCUGAGGACGAAAGACUAAUAGCAAUGUCACGUUGCGACUCAACCAACGGGUCAAUCGCAAAAACGUACGCGACCAUGUCGGACUCGAUGACCAACGUAACUAAAAUGACUUUGUCUGAGUCAAGUUUUGAUUCAAACUCAGCGCGGUCUUUGAGUCUCGUCAGCUCAGUGACUAGUUCUACUGAGAGCAAUGCUACGACCAACAGCAGUUUGGAUCAAGAUAACGAAUUGCCAUCGACAGACAACGACAAGUACUGGCAGUAUCUUUGGAAAAUGAAUUUUCAAGUUAUGUAUGAAAAACAUUAUGAUAAUUUUGUAUUACGUUUUGAAAAAUAUAGAAAUAGCGUUAAUAAUUCACCAAUGACUGAUAAACAUGAUGAUAAUCAUCAUCAUUAUGCUCAACACCAACUUCAACAACCUCAACAAUAUCAACAUCAAAAUAAUUCAUUUGAUGACAAUGAUAAUGAUGACGAUAACGAUGACGACGAUGGCGACAUUAUUAUUAUUGAUGCAAAUGAAUUAAAAACACCAAUUAAAAAUCAACCGCACAAAAGUGAAAGUAAAACUGGGACCAGAAAAUCAAUGUCAAAACGACGAUUGGAUUCAAAGAAAAAAAUAAUUGAUUCUGUUGGUGUACUGAUGCGUAAUUUGACUAUGAAGUCAUCGGAUCCUGACACAGAGAUAAUUGAAAGCGAAUCUGUGUCUGAAAAAACUCAGGGAGCGAAACCAAAGGAUUCAUCAUCGUCUCAUCAAGAUGACACUAAAAAUUCCCCUGCAGUAACGUCUAUUUUAAGUUUUAUAAAAUCAAACGAUGAUGAUGAUGAAGGCGAUAAACCUCACGAAAAUAAACCUACUGCACUGAAACGCUCCCACGCUCUAGAUGUCGAAGAAACUGAAGAAGGCUUAGAAACAAUUAAAAAGGCCUUUUCAGUGAUGGGUUACACAUUUAGUGACUACAAUAAAAAUUUAAAAUUACAAGGAGAAGUUGUUUAUCGGAAAAAACAUGUGAGAUUACCCAACCGACAGCUAAAAAUGAAAUUAAACCGCUCAAAGCUGGCUAACAAACACACAUAUUUUGAUGAAAACGGUUACGAAAUAACAGACACCAUUGAUAAAGUAAAACAGUAUCUGUCCUUCUGCCCGAUAACUCUUCCCUUAGAAACGGAGCUGCAGCCGAAUGACAAAGGCUCCUAUACCAAAGUCCAGUUUACCUCGAGCUCGGACGAAGAAUGUGAUACUGGUAUCAAUAAUGCUAAGCUGAACGCAAAGCGUCUCAUCUUCAGCAAGCCCAGCACGAGCUCUAUGGAAACGCCGCCUGAUGUAAACGCAACCUUCGACAGUUGCGAAAAUACCGAUGACGUUUUCGAAAGCGAAGUUGUUCAGUUCGAGACAGAGAUCGAUAAUAAAUGUGAUAUUAAAACGAGCAUUGUCGAUGAUUUCGUGAUUAUAGAUGAUAAACCAGUUACCGAUCCAGCUCAAACGACGAAUAAUUUAAUUAAAGAACAGGGUCAGACUGAUGUGAUAAAUUAUAAACCGACAAACGACGAUGAUAGCGUAAGAAAGUCGCUUAAAAAACGGCGUAGAAAGCAAGUAAAGAGAAACAUAAGUCUUCCGAUCGAGGUGGAUAACGAUCGCGAACUGAUGAAGUACUGGGUAAAACGUUACCGUUUGUUUAGUAAAUUUGAUCAGGGUAUUAAAUUAGAUCGCGAGAGCUGGUUCUCAGUUACUCCUGAAAAAAUAGCGAUGCACAUUGCUGAGCGCUGUCGCUGUGAUACUAUCGUAGAUGCCUUCUGCGGCGCUGGUGGCAACGCUAUACAAUUUGCGUUGACCUGCGAACGCGUUAUCGCCAUUGAUAUUGAUGAAAGUAAAAUUCAAUUGGCGCGUAAUAACGCCCGUGUUUAUGGCGUUGAAGACAGAAUUGAGUUCAUUGUCGGUGAUUUUUUUAAGUUGGCUGAUAAGUUGAUCGCCGAUGUUGUUUUUCUAAGUCCGCCUUGGGGUGGCCCCAAGUACGCACACGAUGAAACUUUUAAUUUGAAUAAUAUUCUAAGUCCUACUGGUGGUUCCAAGUUGUUUAGUGUAGCUCAAAAAAUUUCACCAAAUAUUUCUUACUUUUUGCCACGAAACAUUGAUACGAUACAGCUCGCCAUUUUAGCAGGACCUGGAGGUGGUGUAGAAGUUGAGCAAAAUUUUCUUGAUCGAAAACUCGUAGCUCUGACUGCAUAUUUCGGUGAACUUCUCAGGGACUGUUAAUGAAUAUCAAUAAUUAAUUAACUAAUUAAUCUCAGUGUUAAUAUAUCAACGAAAAAAAAAAACUACACAAGUGAUCUAAUCUAAUGAUAGCUUGUAAAAUCUUUCAA